AUGUCCGAGUCCGGUGAUCCAAAUGCCCCGAAGAAGUCGAAGUCGCAGCUGGCAGUGCGCCCCGUCCCUCGGGGUGGCGCGGCCCAGAGAGCCGCAGAACAGGCAGGACCGGCCCCAGGAGGUGGUACGCAAAGCGCGGGGCCACGAGGAAGCAGCAGCGAUGGGCGCAGCGCCAGCGCGAGCUCCAGUGGCGUCCAGCAGGUGCCGCCCGAGGGCGAGGGCAUGCGCGGUCGAGGUGCGAGCGAGUGCGCGGACGCGGAUGAGGUCGUUCCGGAGCACGAGGAGAGGGAGGUAAUCCAGGCGGCCCAGCCGCCGAAGACGAAGGGUGCGCGCAGCAAAAGCGCCACCAAGAACAUUCCGGAGGACGCACGCGGGGACGAGGACGCCAACGCCGACGACAACGACGAGAUUCAGGAGGUCGCACCCCCGAAGAACAGCGCGGGGAAAGCGGCGGCGGACAAGCAGCCGGCCAAGGCAUCCACGGGCAAGUCCCAGGCCACCAUCCAACUGGUCCGCCACAAGGACUCUGAUGCCGCAGACGACGGAGAGAGCGAGAUGGACGUCGACGAAGAGCCGCCGAAGCCGGCUCUGAGGGGCAAGGGCAAGGUGUCUCUGAAGGUCAAGCCAAAGCCCAAGGCGACGAGCGAGAAACCAAAGCGUACGCGCCAGAAGAAGGCCGACGCCGACGCAGACGACAACGACGCGGACGAAGACGCGCCCGCCCCAUCACUUAAAGCGACCGACGUCAAGGUGAACCUCAAAGGCACAAACGACAGCGAGGCCAAAAUCAAGGCGAAUGUCGAGAGGAACUCAAAGCUCGCGAAGAAGGCCUUCCUCGGGUUCGGGUUCAUGUCCUUCGCCGAUGGUCAACCCGUCAGGUUCAAGUUCCAAGACGUGAACAAGCGCGGUGUCGUCCCCGGACGCGUGCGCAGGCUUAUGAUGUCCUUUCGCGACACGAGCGUCAAGAACUGGCUCGACCCGAUGGCGAUUGUGGCCAAGCGCAAGUUCGUCAACGUCAACACGCUCACGAAGGAGGUCGUCGACACCAACGAAGGCCCCCGGCUCGAGUGGCUCCCGGCCGCGCACGGCUCGUGGAUCCAGUGCCUGGGCGGGCAGCACCGCAAGGAGGCGAUGCGACUUCGCGAGUUGGGGCUCAACACGGACGCGGAAAUGACAGAGAAGCGCAUCGCAAAGCUGCUGAAGGCGAGGCGCGACGAAGAAGAGAAGCAGCAGGGCGUCCGCGACCUCCAGCAGACGCUGGAGAACAUCAACGCCGUCUCCGAGGACAGCAUGGUGUGGCUGGUGAGGGUUUACGACGAGGAUAUCAUCGGCGAUGACCAGGGCGUCAAGAUUUUCUUGUCCACGAACGACGAGACCGCGCGGUACGCAGUCACGGGCGAGGAGAAGCUGCAGUGGCAGCACUACGAGAUUACGAUGGCGCUCAAGGAACACCAGCGCGGGACGACUAUCCCCAUGGUCAUCGGAAGCGACGACUGGUUCAAGGAUAUCGUCAAGCCGAACAUGUCUGAGCAGGCGAUCAAGAAGGGCAUUAGCCAGCUGUUCUCGUCGGCGCGGACGUGGGAGUUCCUCACCAAUGUCCUUCGGCUCAGCUUCGUCGGGGACGGCAACACUAUCCGCGUGAAGGAGCUGCGCGAGCGACUUCUGCGAAAGAAACCCAAACCGCACAACAUCCACGACAAGCGUGCACACAACACCGUCGGCGGGCUGUGGAUGUCCGGAUUUGAGAUGCUCGCCGAAGACAUGCUGUUCAUCGCGAGCUCGUGUCGGUGGCAGAUCUUCGAGGGCGACGACGAGGAGCCCGUCAAGGAAGGCGAUGCGAGCAUGGAGACCCUCGCAGGGUAUGUCUCGAUGUUGCGCGACCCGGAGUACACCAUGCAAGAGUACUGGACGGCGUUGGGGUUGUACAAGGACGCCAAGUAUGUGCUGACGCAGGGGUCCAAGUGCGAGGAGCAGGAGAUCUGGCACCCCGCGCUCAUGCUCAAGCUCGACGCCCUGUAUAUCAAGACCGUCCGGCCAGUGAAGCACGAGUUUGGCCUCGACAAUUCCGAGGCCUGGAGUAAAGCCAUGGGCAAGUACUGGAAGCGUAUGGAGGCGAUGUGCGUGGAGUGGUGGACGUCAGCUCCUCACGGGCCCUCGACUGUAGACACCGAGCAGGCACAACAGUACGCACUCGCCAAGCUCCGGUGGAUAAAGCUUCUGCGCGAGACGAAGCAAACACUGGACCUGCCAUGGCCGACGCGCUCUGCGCUCGAGGACAUGUACGAGGCACUGUUCGCCGCUGGAUUUGGUGUCGCCUAUGUGAGUACUCGCCUCUUUCUAGCACGUCGAGGACAUUUUCAGCCCCCCGGACGAGCACCCUGGGGCUCGUCCGCACCUUCGACGCUUGCGGACGAGCCCCAGGGUGCUCGUCCGUCGUCUCGUGCGCAGUACGGCCCCCUGGUCGAGCCCCAGGGUGCUCGUCUGCUUGUUCAACGAUCGCAGACGAGCCCCCAGGGGCUCGCCCGCCGUCUUCGGACCAGCACCCAGGUGCUCCUGAGCCGUAUCAUGGACCCAAUGGCCGACCGGGCCAUGUACAUGAAUGUCACAGACGUCUGGGACCACACGUCCAACAUGCAAGAAUACGUCAAGGACCCCGACAUCAUGGCCUGCGGUAGCAAUUUUCCUCGCACGCUGUGGCAGUGGAUACUCAGUCAUCGUCUCGAGCUAUUGCAGCUUGACACAAUGCUCUCGAAGCGCAUUUCGCUCGAGGCCACUCGGUUCUACAACCUCAACUUGAACGGCUGGCGGGUUGCUGGCAAAUUGGCCAUCGACAAGAAAACGGCUAAAUUCGAGAAGGAGACUGAGUCCUGGAUCCAGGUGCUCGGUGAAGACGGAUGGACGCCAUCCGACCAGGAUGCACUCAGUGAGAUUGCGGAGCUUCUCAGCAACCAUGUUCCCAAACCGGUCAAAAUCGACAAGCUAGCCGCUCGCAAGCUCAGCCGUCCUCCACGCGCCGUCACGUCUUCGCUCCCAAAGGCUUCAGUUGCCAAAUACGAGUGCCUCCGGUUCCUUUCGCUCAACGCGCUCGAGUGGAGGAACAUCGAUGGCAGCGACCGCCCGAAGGAGCUGGCUGGUCUCGCUUUCUACGUCUUUAUCGCGCACAAGCUGUACGUGAAGCAGACGGAGAUCGCCGUCAAGACCGACGUCGGUCUCAAGUUGCGCGAGGACUUCCUCAAGUUCUUGUCAGACAACUGGAAAGUCUCCCACAGCAUCGAGCCGUCGGUCGUGGUGGAGAAGACGCGCACGCAGUGGGACGACCCGAUCGUCGCGCGUAUCCUCACUGACGCGCCCCCUCCAAAGAGGACCCGGGAAGAGGCCCUAGUCGUAUACGACCACCACCAAGCGGAGGCACGGUGGGACACGUACGCCCUCGAUCUCAAGAAGUUCGUUAUGAUGGCGAAAGCCGCCUCGUUUGCGCGCAACACGCCCGGCGAACCCGACACCGUCAACUCCGAGUUCGCAGCGGCCAUGGACACCGCCAUUGAGGCAGCCGUACGGAAUGUCAACCGCAUCGAGUUCCGUCGUCAUCACGGCCCGGCGGCGACGUAUGUUCAGCCCACGUCGACCCUACGUCUCAUUCCACACCCGCCCAUCCACGCUGUCCCUGACCCGCACUCUUAUGCGACCGUUGCCGCCUUCCAGACCGCCAGCCCCGAGUGGCACGCCAACUUCGUUAUGAAGCGGUCAGCGUACCACGCGAUGCUUCUGAAGGAGAAGCAGGCGACUCCGAGCCUCAUUGUCCCCGAGCUCUCCUCGAUUCUCCCGCAGGACAUUGCGGAAACCGAGUUGCCGCGUCCAACAAAGACCGAGGACGGCGAGGAGGCGGACCCGUUGCAGGUCUUGGCAGACGCAGCCAAACGGGAGGUCAGCAACGCGUUCUUAGGGUUAGGGUUAUGA